GAGAUCAGCUGUGCUUCUCUGGCCUCAGCUCUGAAGUCCAACCCCUCCCAUCUGAGACACCUGGACCUGAGUAUAAACAGGGACCUGCAGGAUUCAGGAGUGAAGCAUCUGUGUGGUUUUCUGCAGAGUCCAGACUGUGGACUGGAGACUCUGAGGUUGAGUUACUGCAGGUUGUCAGAGAUCAGCUGUGCUUCUCUGGCCUCAGCUCUGAAGUCCAACCCCUCCCAUCUGAGACACCUGGACCUGAGUGGAAACGACCUGCAGGAUUCAGGAGUGAAGCAUCUGUGUGGUUUUCUGCAGAGUCCAGACUGUGGACUGGAGACUCUGAGUUUGAGUCGCUGCAGUUUGUCAGAGAUCAGCUGUGCUUCUCUGGUCUCAGCUCUGAAGUCCAACCCCUCCCAUCUGAGACACCUGGACCUGAGUGGAAACGACCUGCAGGAUUCAGGAGUGAAGCAUCUGUGUGGUUUUCUGCAGAGUCCAGACUGUGGACUGGAGACUCUGAGGUUGAGGGGCUGCAGUUUGUCAGAGAUCAGCUGUGCUUCUCUGGCCUCAGCUCUGAAGUCCAACCCCUCCCAUCUGAGAGACCUGGACCUGAGUGACAACAACCUGCAGGAUUCAGGAGUGAAGCAUCUGUGUGGUUUUCUGCAGAGUCCAGACUGUGGACUGGAGACUAUUGUUCUUCUUGUAGGGGACUCCCAUUUGCGAUCCAUUGCAGAUGGUAUUGUGAACAUGCCAGGGGGUUUCCUGUCCUUUGGCGUCAUGUCCACACCAGGAGCAUGUGCUGAUGUGCUCAGGACUGAAGUUGUGCUUUCUGUUCACCUCAGUGACAAUGUGGGGAUGCCAAUUCUUGUGCAGUUGAUGUGGACUGCAGCCAACCUUCAACUAGAGACACCACCACCUGCAGCACAGAUGCAGCAUCCAGUGUCUCCUAAGCCAAGGAUUGUUGAUUGUGAAGGGAAAGGUUCCUGCUCCACCACCACCCCCUCCUGA